UUAAAGGAAGUCUGCCAACCUGUCACAUCAAGCGAACCUCCCCGAAGCUACAAGGCACCAAAUUCCUCUGGAUACACGGAAGUUGCGUGAGGCCUUUCAUACUGACUGACUGACACUCUGCAUUAUGGAUACACAUCAACCGAGACCCAUAACUCCACAGCCUCCUUCCGGCGGCGGCGGUGGCGGUUUCUCUGCGAUACUCACAGUCUUCCUAUCUUUCAUCGCAAUCUUCGCCAUGAUAGUGAUUCCUUCAUCAUCAACUUUUAGGAAUGGUUUUUCCAUUCUGCACCAAGUCCCAGAAGGCCAUGUAGGGGUUUAUUGGAGAGGAGGUGCCCUUCUAAAGACUAUUACAGAUCCAGGUUUUCAUCUGAAGCUGCCUUUUAUAACCCAUUAUGAGCCUGUUCAAGUAACCCUUCAGACAGAUCAGGUGAGGGAUAUUCCUUGUGGUACCAAAGGAGGUGUAAUGAUUAACUUUGAGAAGAUAGAGGUUGUUAACCGGCUUCACAAGGAAUAUGUGCAUGACACUCUGAAGAACUAUGGGGUGCAGUAUGACAAUACAUGGAUAUAUGACAAAAUUCAUCACGAGAUCAAUCAGUUUUGCAGCUCUCACUCUCUUCAGCAAGUCUACAUUGAUGUUUUUGAUCAAAUUGAUGAAAAGAUGAAAGAUGCUCUACAGGGUGACUGCACACGUUAUGCUCCAGGUAUUGAAAUCAUUAGUGUUCGCGUUACAAAGCCAAAAAUCCCGGAAAGCAUAAGACGCAAUUUUGAACAGAUGGAAGAGGAACGCACUAAGGUCUUAAUUGCUAUUGAGAAACAGAGAGUGGUUGAGAAAGAGGCAGAGACAAAUAAGAAAAUGGCUAUCAGUGAAGCUGAGAAGGUUGCAAAUGUGAGCAAGAUCCUUAUGGAACAGAAGUUGAUGGAAAAGGAUAGUGUCAGGAAGCAGCAAGAAAUUGAGAACCAGAUAUACAUGGCUCGGGAAAGGAGUUUGGCCGAUGCAGAUUUCUACCGUUUACUGAAGGAAGCUGAAGCAAACAAGUUGAAGCUGACACCGCAAUUUCUUGAGCUUAAAUUCAUCGAGGCCAUAGCUGAUAAUACAAAAAUUUUCUUUGGGGAAAAGAUACCUAAUAUGUUUUUGGAUCAGAGGCUGCUUGGGAACUUCCUGCAACAGUUAUCUAAGAAUGUGUCUGAAGAGGAGAAAUCAGCAGCUUAAUUUUUUUAUCCUUCAUUUCUUUUUGUGAUCUGUCGCCUUUGCCAAGAUCGAAAAAUUCUAAGACCACAUAAAAUGGCACUUGUACCACAACUAUACACGGGGCAAAUUGUGAGUGGUAAAAAAAAGUUGUGGGUUCUGGUGAAAGUGACAGCUGCUAGUCACAGUUUGUUACGUAAAAUAGUUGUAAAAAAAGUUGUGGUAGUUUAUGUGGUACUAAAACUACUCACUAAAAUAAUGUAAUACCUAGGUGAUAUAGCAUUAUUACAAGUUUGUCACAAAGUAGGGAAAGUAAAUGUUUAUAUUUUAUUUAUUUUUUUAUUUUUUUAUGGGAAGGGAAUGGAAAUGUUGGCAUAAGUUUGUCACAAAGUAGGGAAAGUAAAUGUUUAUAUUUUAUUUAUUUUUUUAUUUUUUUAUGGGAAGGGAAUGGAAAUGUUGGCUGUGGCUUUCAGAAAGUGUUUCAUUUAAACAAAAUUUUUGGGAA